AUGAAUGAAAUUCUACAGUUUAUUAGUUUAAUUCCACCAGUAACACGAACAUACUUAGGAUUAUGUUGUUUUGUUACAUUUUUAGUGCAAUUUGAUAUUAUAACACCAUUUCAUAUAUAUUUCAAUUGGAAUUUGAUAGUAAAAGAACUUCAAUUAUGGCGACUAGUCAGUUCAUUUUUAUAUCUUGGAUCAUCUAAUAUUUCAUUCAUAUUUAAUUUAAUAUUUUCUUAUCGUUACAGUCGAAUGUUAGAGGAAGAUUCUUUUGCUUUUAGAACUGCAGAUUUUGUCUUUCUUUAUUUAUAUGGGGCUGUUUUUAUGAUUGUUUGUGGAAUAUUUACAAACACAGUAUUUUUAGGUCAAGCUUUUACAAUUAUGUUAGUUUAUAUAUGGGGAAGAAGAAAUCCAGAUGUUAGAUUAAAUUUCCUUGGAACACUAACAUUUGGUGCUUCUUAUUUAUCUUAUUUUUUGUUUUUCUUGUCUAUAUUAAUGAAUCAAUCUGUUGUCGGAGAUAUAUUAGGCAUUUCUGCCGGACAUAUAUAUUAUUUUCUAGAAGAUGUUUAUCCAAGAGAACACAAUGGACAAAAGAUUUUGAAAACUCCAUCAAUUUUAAAAAAAAUUUUUGAUCCUGCUCCUUUAGCUGAAGUUCCUGUUGAUGAAAGGGCAGGAGGAAUGGCAUGGGGAGCUAAUGGGGAUGCUGAUGAACGUUAA